UUUUUUUCUUACUUCUCUUUUUCUUUCUAUCGUCUUUUUUUUCCUAAAAUACACACAGCAACAAAAAGAAUGGCCGUACCCGCUCUACAAUUCUACUGGCUAACUGGUGGGUUCUUUUUGGGCAUGUUCUUCAUGUAUAACUUGAUGCCAUUCCGCACCAAUGUUCAAAAGGCACAUGGUCGACAUCACGCCCGAGCUGAUACCAACCCUAUAUUAAAGUUCGGUAACCCAGGUCCUGUCGCCGAUCUACUCGAAAGAACUGCAUACACCGCCUCCUUCAACCGUAAAGACCGAAUUCCUCAUUGGGUGGGAGAACACCUUACAGCGCAAGGUAUUAUCAAGGGCGAUGGCGUAACAAGAGAUAGUUCCAGUUUUGUAGGUGAUCCAGCUAUUCCUGCCUUGUUUCGUAUCACCACCAAGGAUUACACUUACAGUGGUUAUGAUCGCGGUCACAUGGCACCUGCAGGCGACGCUGGUGCAACCCAGGCAGGUCUUGACCAGACAUUUUUAUUAACGAAUAUUGCACCUCAAGUGGGUGUUGGAUUCAAUCGUCAAUACUGGGCUUAUUUAGAGACUUUUGUUCGUGACCUGACCAAAAACUACACUGACGUUUAUGUGUAUACCGGUCCCUUGUUUUUACCCACCGUUGAUAAUGCGGCCGGUGCCACCGGUAGCAGUGCUGAAUAUGCUUUUGCCGGUGCCAAAGUGACAUUUGGAGACGACGGAAUUCAAAAGAGAGCUACAUCUAACAGCAACAAAUACACCAUGACAUACAAGGUGAUUGGGGAUACGACGGCCAAUGUAGCUGUACCUACGCAUUUCUUCAAGAUUGUGUUGUCGGUCAAGGAUGGCAAAUACACCUUGGGUGCAUUUGUGUUGCCGAAUCAGGCCAUUGAUAAUUCCGUCCCACUUACAAGCUUCCAGGUGGAUUUGCAAGCGAUCGAGAAGGCAUCUGGUCUCUUGUUUUUUGAUACAUUAGAUAGAAGUACAUUUUUAAAGUUAUGCGAUGCUGUAUCAUGUGUUGUAAAAUAAUUUUUUUUUUUAAAUUAAUUUAAUAAAGAAAUAGAUAGUAGCGCGCAUAUUAUAUUUACUGCUGCUGUUGAUUAUGAUUAGCCUUAUCUUCAAACUCUAUACGUUUGUUGGGUGAAUUAUAUAAGGUAGUAAAGAUACAAAUAGGAAAUGAGACACAAGUGGCAAAAAUAAGUCCUCGGCUGUA